AUGGAAACGCUACUUGGAUGGACUCUUAUGGGAAAAUUAGAAAAUGAAGUGAAAAAUGACAGCUACAUGACAGUACUGUCUUUACACGUGAACAAUAAAAGCAUUAGUGAUCUUUGGAGUUUGGACACUCUUGGAAUAUUGGAUCCUGCAAAUAAACAAAGUCAAAUGGAAAUUGAGAAAGAAACCGAAAACCUGUUCUUGAAUUCUGUUAAACAAGAUGGAGAUGGUAGAUAUGUUGUUUCACUACCAUGGUUAGAAGAUCACCCUGUUCUACCUUCGAACAAAACUCUUGCUGAGAAAAGAUUGAAAAAUACAGUUGAUAGAAUCAAAAAUCUUGGUAUUCUACAGGACUAUGAAAAUGUUUUUGAAGACUGGAAGAAAGAAGGUAUUGUUGAAGAGUUAAAUAGUGAAGAUCUCAAGGACUCUAAGUGUCACUAUCUUCCUCAUCGACCUGUCAUAAAAGAUAAUUCAACAACAAGGAUGAGACCUGUCUUCGAUGGUUCUGCAAAAUCGAAAUUAAGUCCAUCCUUAAAUGACUGCCUAAUAACAGGUUCAAACCUUGUGGAACUUAUUCCAUCCCUAAUAAAUAGGUUUCGUAUUGGAAAGUAUGGUGUGAUCGCCGAUAUACGCAAAGCUUUUCUACAGAUUCAGCUGAAUGACAGUGACAAGGAUUAUCUGCGAUUUCUUUGGUGGCAAAAUAAUUCUUGCCACCAAUCAAAUAAUGUCAAAAUCUACAGACAUUGCCGCGUAGUGUUUGGGAUCAAAUCAAGUCCAUUCCUUUUAGGGGCGACAUUGAAUCACCUAUUAGAUGGAGCUUCUGAUUGCUACAAGAUGACAGCUCAACACCUACAGAAAUCUAUGUAUGUUGACAAUUGUGUGGCUAGUGUUAAAAGCGAAGCUGACUUGACAAAGUUUAUAAAUGAAUCCACAAAAGUCAUGGCUCUCGGAAAAUUUGAUUGA